AUGCAUGAUCAGAUUGAGGAGAUGUGGACAGAAGUCAAUUAUCGAGAGUCAUAUCUCCUCGCUAUUGAAAGAUCACUUCGAACACUGAACGAAAGCAUCGGAGAAAUUGACAGUCCUCUUCGCAACAAAUACAACUAUUUAAAAUCAUAUACUGCGCUGAAAUUUAACUUUCUCACAGAAAAAGCUGAAAAAUUGAUCGAAUUUUGUCAAGGCUGUUCAAAUAAAGACAAUUUUAAUGAGAAAGCAAAAGAAUUGCAAGAAAAUAUGCGAGAAAUUGAGGAUUGCCUUCCCAAAUUAUCAGAAAAUCCUAAAUUUAAAACAAAAUUCGACAGAUUGGACAGAAAAAUGACAAAAAUGGUCCAACAAAUAUUAAGCAUGACUGAGAGUGAAAUGACACAAGUUACCGACGAGGAUAAAUUAAUUAAAUUAUUCGCCAGACUGACCGAGAUUGUGGACUACAUUGAAGAUAUUCUUGCAAGGGGUGGAGAAACAGUUCAAUUGCAAGAUCUACAAAAAUCAUUAAAGAAGGCCAGAACCAUUUCUCGUCAUCUGAGAAUUAUUGCUGACAAGAUAUCUCAGAGGAAAUUGGAAUGGGUCGUACAAGUGGCACAAAUUAAUGAGAAAGUGGCCAAAAUUGAGGCUAAGAUUCAAAAAAGAACAAAAAUCGGUUCGGAAUUCUCAAAACUUGAGGAGUUGGCGAGAAUUGGGGAGAAACUACUGUCAGAAUUGUCCUCUCCUGAGGAAAUUGAAGAACUAGUGGAUCUCUAUAAAAAGCACAAACUCAUAAUGAGCCAAAUUGAAAACGAAAAUCCUCAUUUUUUGAAAAAAAUUGACAAAAAAUGGACAGUUCUACUCUCUAAGGCCAUUAAAUAG